AUGUUUGUUACCGUAUUGCUUAUAUUUUUUGGAACGGUAAAUGUUCAGUGCGAGAGGGAAUAUCAGACAGUAAUAAAUCCGAGUCAGAAUCCAUUUCAACAAUCACGGAAUGUCGGUGGUUCCAUUGUGAUUUCAGGAAAUCAACAACCAAUCGAUCGAAAUUACAGUCGAACAGCUAUCGGAUGCAAUCCUGGUGAUAUAGCACCAACCGGUGAUAACUGCACCGCUUAUUAUGAAUGCAUCAAUGGAUAUUAUAAAUUGCGCUUUUGUCCAACUAACACAUUCUUUAAUCCAACAUUGAAGCGCUGUCAUGCAGACUAUGUUUGUCCCAAUCGAGCAUAUAAAUUGCCAACCUCUCCGUUAUCACCCUGCAAGUAUGGUGAAUUACGGGCUGAUGAAAGAAGCUGCGAAAAUUACUAUUCGUGCGCUGGCAGUGAUCGUCGUCAUUUCGAACGUCGAACGUGUCCUGCUGGUACAAUAUUCGAUCGUACGCUGAAUCGAUGCAUUUCCAAUACCGCAGGAAACAAAUGUCAACAAUCAAUUCAACAAGAA